AUGGCCUCACAGUAUGAUUUGAUCCGCGACUUAACGCCGAUGAAGGUCAAAUCAAAUUGGAGAAUACACGUGCGUGCACUCUGUGAGUGGAAGCCUACAUAUGGUCAAUCAAAGGAUAUAGCAUCGAUUCAAGCUUUGUUAGUUGACUCUCAGAAUCCUCCGUUUAACCCUAAAUCAUAUCCCAUUGAGUUGGAUGAUAUGUUGGAAAAGAAAUGCAUAUUCAAAUUACAACUACCACGGGAAUCCGGCAGCACAAGCUCUACUCAGGAUGAACAAUCCGAAUUUGCCGUGAAAUCGUGGGGCACUAAUUCAUCAUAUGCAAAGCUUCUACAGGAUUUUGAGUCACAAACAGAUGACAAUACCUUGACUCCGGAUGAAUUGAAGACCACUGCAAGUAGUCCAGCAUCGAAGAAGUUAGCCAUGCGCGAUGAAGUUCACCCUCCCAGUGUCCAAUCUACAAAUCUCCGCAAAAGAAAACUUCUAAUUGAGGACGAUGACGAGUCUGAAAGACAACGCAAGGCCAUUAACGUGGGAGAACAUGAAGGACCCACGAAUCUGUUUGCUAUUCCUAAAUUAUGCAUUAAAUAA